AGGUUCCCAUUAAACUGUUGGACGUAGAUGAAUGCCUGUCUCUCAUGAAAUACCUCUCUCUCUCUCUCUCAGCCAUUCCUCCAUGAUGGGGCGGCAGAGCAACAGGUAGCACGCAUAAGGAAAUUAGGCCAGAGAAUCCAGAUCUUGAAUUGUAGGGUUAGAAAACCUAAUUUGUUGGAUGGGGCCCCCCAUCCCGGUGGCCUUGGCGGUGGUGGCCCUGUUUGCAGGGUACUGCACAGAGGCGUACAUUGGGAUCAACUGGGGGAGACAGAGCGCGCAGCGGCUGGUGCCGUCGCAGGUGGUGGAUCUGAUACUGCAGAACGGCAUCAGAAACGCCAGAAUCUACAGCACUCAGGUGGACAUCAUGAACGCCUUCGAGAGCAGCGGAGUCAACCUCACCAUCACCAUCUACAACACCACCCUCCCUCACAACAUCUCCCAGGCAAGAUCUUGGGUCCAAUGGAAAUACGACAGCCUCAACGUCUCCCAAAUUCCGUCGGUGAUCAUCGGAGGAGGCGUCUACCCCUUGGACUUGGGAGGCUCUGGCGUGCCGGACUACGACUUCUUGUGGAAUGCGCUUAACUACGUCCAGGCGGCGCUCAACGAGUCCGGCCUGGGCGACCGGAUGAAGACCAACUUCCUGCACUACGCCGGCCUACUCAACAGCAACAUCACCAAGCCCUCCACGGCUGAGUUCCGCCCCGACAUCAGGGACAGGAUGCUGGAGUUCCUGCAGUUCCUGCGCCACAACGGCGCCCCCUUCAUGGUGGAGUUCUUCCCCAUCACCGAUCUCGAGCGCUGCGGGCUGGACCCCAGCUUCGCCUUCGCGGAUAACAGGUCCAAGCUGGUGAUCCGCGACGUGGGCGGCGCCGUCUACACCAACGGCUUCGACUGGCAGUACGACUGCUUCGUGUGGGCGCUGGAGAAGCUCAACGCCUCCGACCUCAAGAUCCUCGUCAUGCAGGUCGGCUGGCCCACCGACGGCUACCCCGGCGCCAACGCCGCCAACGCGGAGCGCUAUUACAAGUACCUGCUGCCCAUGGUGGCCAGCAACAAGGGCACGCCCAAGCAGCCCGGGGCGCCCAUCGAUGUGUACGUCAACUCCUUGGCCGAUGAGCCCAAGAUCAGCGAUCACAGGCCUCCCUUCAUGCGCCACUGGGGGAUCUACAGGUCCAACGGGGAGCCCAAGUUCAAGAUCGACCUGUCGGGGCGGGGCCGGGAUGUUUACCCCACCAAGGUCAAGGGGAUCAUGCGCAUGCCCCAACGCUGGUGCGUCUUCAACGGGGACAUGAGUGAUAUGUGGAAGGUGCGGCAACAGGUGCAACUUGCCUGCGCCAAAGGCGACUGCACCACCCUAGCUCCGGCGGCGUCCUGCAGCAGGCUCGACAUCGACAAGAAUGUGUCUUACGCCUUCAACGUUUUCUUCCAGACUCACUUCCAAGAUGAGCAAGCCUGUGAUUUCCACGGCCUGGGCUGCAUCACCGACCAAGAUCCGUCCACGGACGAAUGCGUCUUCCCCGUCGAGGUGGUCAGAGGCAUGCAGGUCAUCGAUUUUGGGGCGGCCGCCGCUCACCGGAGGCCCACAAAUGGUGUCGUCUUCCUGUUCGUGUUGUACAUCAUGGGGGGAUUCAUGUAGAUCUAGUUUAAUUCAUUUAUCUCUAUAUUCCGUUUCGUGCUCACGAAAUGAUGAAUUAAUUACAGGAUUUAACAGUGUAUACCUACAAAAACAAAAUAAAAUAAAAACAGUGUAUACCUGUUAUGCAAGAA